UAAACCAAAGAUGAACUGAAAGUGACUUUGUUGCAGGUUUGAUGAUAUUUUAGAGGGUAGCAGGAAUGGCCACUGCUAGUCCAAAGCAUGAGAAGAUGCACAAGAAUCUAAGUACACAGCUAGCUGUUGCAGUAAGAAGUAUCCAAUGGAGCUAUGGGAUUUUCUGGGCACCUUCAACCACUGAAGAAAGUAGAGUACUGGAAUGGAGGGAUGGAUACUAUAAUGGGGACAUUAAGACAAGGAAGACAGUUCAAACCAUGGAAAUGAAAGCUGAUAAGAUAGGCUUGCAGAGGAGUGAGCAACUGAAAGAGCUAUACAAGUUUCUUCAUGAAGGUGAAGCUGACCCUCAUACUAAAAGACCUUCUGAUGCAUUAUCUCCAGAGGAUCUCUCAGACUCAGAGUGGUAUUACUUGAUUUGCAUGUCCUUUGUAUUCAGUCCCAACCAAAGUUUGCCUGGAAGAGCACUAGAAAUUGGUGAAACAAUCUGGUUAUGUAAUGCUCAAUAUGCAGAUAGUAAAGUUUUCUCUCGUUCUUUGCUAGCAAAGAGUGCAUCAAUUCAGACUGUGGUGUGUUUUCCAUACCUGGGAGGCGUUAUUGAGAUAGGCACAACUGAACUGGUGUCGGAGGAUCCUAAUCUCAUUCAACAUGUCAAGGCUUGUCUCUUAGAAAUCUCAAAGCCUAUUUGCUCUGAUAAAUCUUCCUCAUCCCUUUAUAAACCAGAUGAUGACGAAUAUCCAACAUGCACCAAGGUUGACCAUGGGAUGUUAGAUAAAAUGGCUUUGGAUAAUUCAUGUUCUCAUGCAGAAGAAAUCAAAUUUGAACAAGAUCCUGUGAAGGAAUUACAAGAUGAUAACAAUGAAGAUUUUAACAUGGAUUCUCCGGGUGGAUGUUCUAAUGGUUGUGAGCACCAUUGCCAUAUGGAUGAAUCCAUGAUUGAUGGCAUCAAUAGUGGGCCUUCUCAAGUUCAUAUUUUGAAGGAUGCCUUAGUCAAAAUAGCCCCAGAUUCUCUGAGUUCUUGUAAUUGUAUGUCUGAAGCUUCUAAGGAUGCAAGCCAAAUUCAACUAAGGGAACUUCAAGACUGCAAUCAAUCAAAAAGGAGCUCCUUUGAUAUUGGAGCUGAUGAAGACUUGUACUAUACAAGAACUCUUUGUGCUAUUUUGGGAAAUUCAUCAACAUUUAAACAAAACUCAUGUGCUAAUAACUCAAAUUGCAAAUCCAGUUUUGUGAAAUGGAAGAAAGGAGGGAUUUCUGAAAGGAAGAGGCCACGGUUGAACCAAAGCAUGUUAAAGAAGACUUUGUUUAAUGUCCCUUUUAUGCACAGAAGUUGCUCUUAUCUCAAGCCACAAAAAGAAAAUGACAGAAUAGAAUGGACUAGUAAAUUGGAAAAUGAAGAUAAUUUCAUUGGAAACGGCUUCUCUGAUAUAAAAAGAGAAACUAAAAACUUUCAGGUCCUCAAAUCUGUAAUUCCUUCUUCUAUAAGUCAGGUGGAGAAGAUUUCAAUCCUUGAGGACACAAUUAAAUACUUGAAAGAACUUGAAGCUAGAGUGGGAGAACUAGAAUCUUGCAUGGACAUUGCACAUUCUGAAUCAACAACCAGAAGAAAAUGCCCAGAUGUGUUAGAGCAGAUAUCAGAUAACUAUGGUCCCAGAAAGAUUUACAUGGGCAUGAAACCUUGGAUAAACAAGAGGAAGGCUUGUGAUAUUGAAGAGAUAAACACAGAGGUAGAUAGAAUUGUUUCUGAAGAAGAUAAGCCAUCGGAUGUGAAAGUCAACAUGAAGCAGCAAGAGGUUCAGAUUGAGAUGAAAUGUCCUUACAGGGAAUACAUAUUGCAUGAUAUCAUGGAUGCCAUAAACAAUCUGCAUUUAGAUGCCCACACAGUUGAAUCGUCAACAACUGAUGGUGUUCUCACAUUGACACUUAAAUCUAAGUUUCGAGGAGCAGCAACUGCAUCAAUGGGGAUGAUAAAAAAAGCACUAUUGAAAGUAUCUGGAAAUAUUUGACUUGCCUAUUUGGAUUUCUCAUGGAAGUAGCAAAUACUUCUGAUUAAGUAACUUCAACCUUGUAAUUCCAGAACAUUGUUGUGUGAACAUUGAUUUUGGCUAUUGUGCUUAACUGCUGAUUUGUUAGCGUUAUAAGGGACCCCUUCUGCAAUAUAAUUUAGGUCCUGUCGUGUUCAAAACACUUCAAUCGAUAUGUUAGUAUGCAUUUGUAUGAUUUUUGUUUGCUGUUACUGCCAGCAGUGUAGAACU